AUGGCUGCAGCUAUGGCAGUUCCGCGUCAAGCAGGGAGGCCCGAGAGGCACAACACGGCGAUGGCGGGCAGCGCGGAGGACAUUGUAGAUCAAGCGUUGCUCCGGAUUAAGCAAAAACUUGACAAAUACCCUGAUGGGUCUCCGAUAUGGGAGAGGCAAAUAUAUCUCAAUACUUUGUUUGUGGGUGACCUUAAACCAAUAUUGGUCAGUAUUGGUAAAAAUCACCCAGACACAAUCAAGUUGGAGGCGUAUAAGCUCAAGUACUUGAGAGAUUUUGUUGAACGCACAAAUACCAGUGUGGAGGAACUUCUAAGGGCCACUCAAUUGUAUUUCAAAAUGGUCGCCCGUUUGAAUUUGGAAGGUCAGAGUGACCCUAAAGUGUUGAUGGAAAGGGCGAUUCUUGAUGGUUGCUUUAUCAUUGAGUUGUUUCUAAAAAAUGACAAGCGAGAAGACGGGCUUCCUUUUGAGUCAGAACAGGUUCUGUAUGCCUUAAAUCGAGACCUGAUUCUAAUCGACAACCAGAUGUCCGGCUCGGUCUUACAAAUCUUGAUCGACGUGUGUAGCCUUUCAAAGAAAUCGGAUCAAGAUUAUGACGAGAAGCUCAAGCACUUCUACAGAAUGGCCCGGAAGUUUCUAGAGCGUAUUGUUCCAGACCAGAAACUAUACCAGCCAUUUGCCGACAUUGAUGAUCAGUUUGAGGAUCUCCUAAGCAUAGUAUAUGACGAUUUGAAUUGGCCAUUGCCCCACCAAGCUAAUAGUAAUGUUGAAGUUGGGGAUGAUAAAUGGUACUCGGUGAAAUCUGCAACUAAGCUUGAAAAGCUUGGAGUGGAGUUCAAAAUGAUCGAGAUAGACAAUUUUGUCGACAUAAAGUUUACGCAUAAGCUACUUCGCGAGAAAAUGAUCAUUGACAACCAAUCAGAGCUACCUAAUGAUGCCACAAUUCAUAAAUUUUUGAAAGAUUUGGUCAAGUCUCUAGCACUCUAUCCCAAUAACUUCAGCUACAUCCAACUUUGCAUGGAUCUUGAUGUGGCACCACCUAAAAUUACCAAAAUACCCUUACGCGCCAACGGUCUUACCCGCCACGUGGAUCGCUUGAGAGACUGA